AUGACUUCACUCAACAUCGAAUCAGCCAAUCAAAUCAAUUCAAAUGUAAAUUCAAAUUGGGUGCCACUCGAAGCCAACUCAGAUGUUUUCAACGACUGGUCCCACAAACUCGGUCUAGCUGAAUGCGAGCAAUUCGUUGAUGUUUUCGGUCUUGAUGAUGAGUUAUUGCAGAUGGUUCCACAACCAGUCAAAGCCGUCCUGCUUCUCUUCCCCCUCAGCAAGCAAUACGAGCAGCACCGCGAGGCUGAAUCGCAGCGUAUUGCUCAACACGGCCAAUCACAACUCGACGACACGCUCGUCUUCUUUCCUCAAAAAGUCGGUAAUGCGUGUGGAACGAUGGCUUUACUCCACGCUAUGGCAAACUCACCCGUUACCGUAACCCCUUUUUCGGAUUUAGCCAAGUUUUUCGAUAAGGCUGCUGGUCAAAACAACGAUCAGCGCGCUCAGUCGGUCGUUGACGCGUCUUUCCUUAGAUCUGCUCACGCUUCUUCCGCUUCCACUGGUCAGAGUAGCGUGCCUGACGCUAACGAUGACGUUGAUCUCCAUUUCGUCGCUUUCGUUCACGCUCCUGCGCAGCUCACCGACGGUACUCGCCUUGUUGAACUCGAUGGACGUAAGAUUGCACCAGUCGAUCAUGGAAGUAGCAGCGAUCUCCUCAAAGACUCUGCAAACGUGGUUAAAAAUCACUUUAUGAAGCUCAAUCCUGAUUCUAUCAACUUUGCUCUUAUCGCACUCACCACACAGGAAGAAUACUAA